AGUACAUACGUGUGUACCGAGAGUUGUUUGUUAAAGAGUUAUUCGAUUCUUGCUGUAGGUUUGUGGUUUAAACUGAGCUAGCCAAAUGGCAAGACAUCGUCAACAACAAGCUGUUAAUGUAGUUAAUUUCUGUUUAUGUGUAUCAUACAGCUUUUCCAAAACCGUUAUAAUUUUAAAUGGCUUUUUUUUUUACCUCUGAAAUAUUUUAAUAUUUCAUAAGUAAGACCUUUGGAUUUAUUUUAAGAGUAUAUUUAGAAUUCUUGUCAGGCGGAAAUGCAGAACCUUAUCGGCUUUUUUUGCUUCAUGUGAAUGAAUUAAAUUCAUUAUCAUGUAGAGGCUGUGGCGACCCCUGAUGGAGGAAGAAGCUGUGAAUGACAUUUUCACGUUCUAAGCUGAACAUUUUGGUCAAGAUUGGAUGGUAACGAAUACCACGCUGACAAAGACGAGGGGGAGUUGACCUUCAUUUUCCAAUUUGUCUGCACUUGUGGUUAUCCACAUUGGUAUUCUACACCAGUCUAUAUGUGGACACUUGUAAAUGCACAGUGUGGGCAGGUGUCUGCAUCUGUGUGUGUCCUCUGAGCAAGUCUUUCAGGCAGCAUCCUAGGUUACUGGUCACAUUCGUUUCCCUCCUCUCCUUUUUUUUUUUUUUCACCAGACUGCCUCUGUCUUCUGUUUGUUUUUCUCACGUCUCAUCCCGCUGACGGGCUGGAGCGAGGGCACGGGCUCCAUGGAGAGAGCCAUUAAUGGCUGAGGAGCUGUGUACGGGCUGGUUUCGCAUCAUUGCAGGAUCCUUGGAGAUAGAGGAAUGCAAAUCUGCAAAGAUGAUGGAAGGAUUGAAAAAACGUACCAGGAAGGCCUUCGGGAUACGGAAGAAAGAGAAGGACAAUGACUCCACGGGCUCUCCUGAGAGAGAAGGAGGCUCUCAGAGGAAAACCAACGGGGCCCCGAAUGGCUUCUACGAAGACAUCGACUGGGAGAGAUAUAACUCUCCUGAGGUGGACGACGAGGGUUACAGCAUCAGACCUGAUGACGAGUGUGAAGAAGCUGCCGUCAAAAAGACCAGCUUCUUCUCCUCUGAUGAGUCCGAAGAAGAAGACGACCAAAGAAAAAAGUUCAAAAUCAAGAUCAAGCCACUACCGGCUGAUCAGGUUGUGAUGGUGCCCUCUGUUGAUGAGCUCAAAGCCUCCAUAGGCAACAUCGCUCUUUCCCCGUCUCCUCUGAGGAGUCCGAGACGUAGCCCGGGUUUGAAAAGGAACACAUCCACUACAGGUGAGGAUAUCGUCAGACCUAGACGUGUCGUCCCCACUGUUCCUACGGCUGUGGCCCCCCCGCCAGCUCCGGCACCACCACCCCCGAGGGAACAAACACCAGUCCCCGAAGACACCACCGACUUGUUUGGACCUCCUUUAGAAACCACUUUUGGAACUCAACAGAAAACUGAAGAGGUUCUGUCAGACUCCGAUGUGUGGGGUGCUACUCUGUCGGAGCCAGAAUACUUUUUGACAAUCUCCUUCCCGACAGGAACUCCACCUCCACUCCCACCUAAGAAUGUUCCCGCCUCUUCUCCACCAGCUGUAGAUGAUGCCGUGUCAGUGGACGCAGAUGGCAGGAAACCUUCUAUAGCAGACCUGGACAACAUCUUUGGACCAGAGCAAACUUCGACUUUAGUCAGCGAGGAGACCACAGACACGUGGGUCUGUUUCAGUGAGGAGUCUUCAAACCAGCCGCCUCGACCAGACGAGGCUCCACCUGCACUCCCUUCCUCUCCACCUCCUCCAGAUGAGCCAGCACCUCCAUUACCAGCCUCUCCACCUCCACUCCCUUCCUCUCCACCUCCCCGUGAGUCUCCUGUCCCUCCUUUACCUACAUCGCCUCAUCAGGAGGACCUAGCACCCCCUGUCCGUGCCUCACCUCCACUACUACAGGAAUCACUUUCCCCUCCACCAACCUCCACACCUCCAUCAGAAGAACCUGCAGCACCUCCCCUGCCUUCAGGUCCUCCCACACACGAAGACCAAAACCCUCUGACAAACGUAUCUCCUCCACCCCACACAUCAACACCAGAGCUGGUAUCUCCUCUGGCUUCAUCUCCACCCGCUCUCCCCUCACCUCCCAGUGUACCCCAAACAAAUGCUCCCAAAGCAGCCACUCCUCCAGCAGUCAGUCCCUCCUCCGAGGAGAUUGCACGCACCUUUCUGCCGCCUGUCCUGUCUGAAGAUGAGCAGCACAGGAACACAGACUCCACCCAGCCCAAAGAUACCAGUCAGGGCAACCGCAGCACGCCUCCUCCACCUCCUCCCCCCACCUACCGGGCUGUGGUGUCAUCACCAGGUCCAACAUCUGCAGCCGGAGGCACGAGUAGUGGCUCCUCCUCCCCAGUGCGACCUGCUACUCCUUCGUCAGUAAACCCCACUCCUCCGCCUCCUCCACCUCGCCCUCCUUCACGACCCAGACUUCCUCCUGGAAAGCCCAGUGUAGGAGAUGCAACUCGUCCUUUCAGUCCACCGGUCCACUCGGCCAGUCCUCCUCCCAUCGCUCCACUGGCCAGAGCUGAGAGCACCUCCUCCAUCUCCUCCACCAACUCGCUGAGCGCCGCCACCACCCCGACUGUAGGCAAGGAGCUGUGUGUGUCUGUAACAGAAGACGAUGCUUAUGUAGACAAACUGCCCACCUUUGGGAGACACUCUGAUUCAUUCACAGGCUGCUCCAGGGGCCCCAGUCCUCUCACCAUGGGGGCCCAGGACACUCUACCAGUGGCUGCAGCAUUCACAGAGACGGUCAACGCCUUCUUCAGAGGAGCCGACCCCAGCAAGUGUGUCGUGAAGGUCAUAGGUGAGAUGGUUUUGUCGUUUCCAGCGGGAAUCACACGGCACUUUGCCAAUAACCCGUCCCCCGCCGUGCUAACCUUCAGCAUAACCAACUACAGUCGACUGGAGCAUGUGCUGCCUAACCCCCAGCUGCUGUGCUGUGACACCACCACACAACCCAAGGCUGAUUCCAAGAACUUCUGGGUGAACAUGCCAAACCUCAUAUCCCACUUGAAGAAGGUGGCAGAACAAAAACCCCAGGCGACGUACUACAACGUGGACAUGCUGAAGUAUCAGGUAUCGACGCAGGGCCACCAGUCCACGCCUCUGAACCUGGUAGUGGGCUGGAAGUGUGAGCCCACCACCACGGACCUGAGGAUAGACUACAAAUACUACGGGGACGCCAUGUCCACGCCCAUGGCCCUCAACAAUGUCCAGUUCCUGGUGCCUGUGGAUGGAGGCGUGUCCAAACUGCAGGUGGUUCUUCCACCUGCUGCAUGGAACGCAGAGCAGAAAAGAAUCCUCUGGAAGAUUCCUGACAUCUCACACAAAUCUGACAAUGGAGGUGUUGGGUGUUUGUUAGCACGCUUCCAGCUAACGGAGGGUCCCAGUAAACCAGCUCCCCUGGUGGUGCAGUUCACCAGUGAGGGCAGCACGCUGUCAGGCUGUGACAUCGAGCUGGCUGGGUCAGGAUACCGCUUCUCUCUCAUUAAGAAGAGAUUUGCAGCAGGAAAGUACUUGGCCGACAACUAGCCUAUGUUAAUCAAAUCAGCACUGUCGGAAAAUCAAAAAAAAA